UUACUGCCCUUUAGAAACCGGACAAGGGCGACAAUUUCCCCUGUUUGCGACCCUACAAUGCCAACCCGAUUAACUUGAGAUAUUGCAUUGCUCAACUGCUGAAUGCCAACCCAUAAAAUAACAGGCACUAGACAUUCUAGCCUUGUAACCGACGAAACCCUUCCUGAUCUUAAGAAAUUCAAAAUGGCGGAGGGGAAAUUUAUGCAGUGUUUUCGUCACCAGACAAGAUCCAUAAUUUUAAUUGGAUACUGGUUGGCAUGGAUACAGAUGAUACUUUACAGCAGGUAGCAGAAGAAGUUGGGGGAGGAGAUGGGAUUGUCAUAAGUGAUGUUGGAGACCUAGUUAAACUAUCAGAAACUCAGGUUGUAGAGACUUUGGAAGGUGUAUUUCCUCAAGCUGACCCAGCUCCUCAGGCUAAUGGUGGAUACAGUAUGGAGUCUUUGCCAAGUGUUAUGCCAGUCAACAUCAUGGCUGAACAGAAGACUACUGAAAUGCCUGUUGAAAUCAUGGCCGAGCAAAAACCUAUUGAGAAUGAAACAUCAGUAGAAGAGGUUUUAGAAAAGAUCAACGAGGUUUCCCAAGUAGCUGAGGCAGGGACAACUGCAGUAGAAGGAUUACCAAAUCAAGUUGAUACUGUACAACAGCCUGCAUCUGAUGGGAAGACAGCAGAUAACAGUUUGCCAGCUGACUUUUUUGAUGGAAAUACAGAAGUUACAUCUGAAACCCAGCCCCAAAUAGUUCAAGUAGUGGUAGAAACUGAUAGUCCUAUAGUCACUGAUAUAGAGCCACCAACAGUUGAUGAACCAGUUAUAGUCCCAGAAAAUUUCACUCCUUUAGAGGAGGAAGUAGGGUCAGUAGAAGUAACUUCUGCAAAAUCUGAUGGGGUAUCUGCAGAGGAACAAAAAGAAGGUCUGGUACCAGUUGAGAUACCAGUCAUUGUCCCUGAAAGUUUUAUUCCCCUUGCAGAUAAUCAAUUAGACCCAAUCCAAGAAAAUACAGCUGAAGAGGAAUCUUUGGCAGAAGAAACAGCGAAAAAUCAAGAGGAGGAAUCUACAAUGGAGGACACAACUGAGGCCUCAGAACCUCAAAUUGAGUCAAGUCAGAAUGAAGAAGGUGAAGUAACUGUUACUGUAACUAUAGUUAAUUCUGAGGAAAAAGAAGAAUCUACGCCAAAAAGGAGAGGAAGACCAGCCAAACAAUCCACUGAAGAUGUGGCUGGUCCAUCACCAGAAAAGAGACAAAGAAACGAUUCAAAAUCAAGUGAAAGUGGUACUCCUGCAGAGGGUAGGCCAACACGUAGAAGUCUAAGAGCUCCCAAAGAGAUAUCCGAGGACAAAAUUGCAGAAACUCCAGAAACUAAAUCUAAAAAAGGAAAGGCUGCAAAGGAAAAAGAUACUGAGACGCCGAAGACAAAAUCGAAGGGCAGAGGUCGUCCACGGAAAGAGUCAACAGAAAAGGAAGUUGACCAGGAAGAAGAGGAAGAAGCUGAAUCUGAGGCAGAAUCUGGAGAGGAAGAACAGGAAGCCACCCCUGAACCAAAAAAAGGAAGAGGCAGAGGAAGACCUAAAUCAGAAAGUUCUACUCCUGUUGUCAAACUCAAAGUGAAAACUCCUACAAGUAAAAAAGGAAAAGCUAAACAAAUAGAUAAUGAUGAUGAUGAAGAAGAAGUUGCAAAAUCUGGAAAUAAAAAAGGUGCAGAUACUCCACCAGAUGAGGGAAAGAAACGAGGCAAAAAGAAAGAGGAAACACCUGCAGACACUCCCAAAAAAGGACGAGGUAGACCAAAAAAAGAGGUAGUUGAAGAAACUGUGGAAGAUGAAGAAGAAGAAGCUGAGGAAGACAUGGAGGCAGAGGAAGCUCCUGAACCAGAGCCCAAGAAAAAACGUGGCCGUCCAUCAAAAUCUGGUGACUCUCCAAAGGAUAUCACUGGUACUAAUGAAACAAUGGAAGCUGAAGAAACUGUCCCAUCAACUCCAUCAAAAAAACGAGCAAGACCAGUGGAAGAAACAGUGGAAACCACACCAACAGAUUUACCGGUUAAGAAAAAACCAAAGGCUUCCCCACCAGUCAUGACUGACUCAUCAGCCGGACCUAACGAUAGAAUGAUCGUAAAAGAGGAACCCCAGGAAGAUCUGUUAUCACAGGUACUACCCAAUAUUACUAUUUCGUCUGUGACAGGAAGUAACAGACCACACACACUGAUAGUUCAUGAAAAUGUAGAGGGAGAUGUUUACAGCAUUGAACAAGUUGAUCAUGAUCAGGAACCAGGCACAUCAGAAGUUGAGAUCCCAUUUGUUGAAGUUGAGACUGUUAUUGAAACUCCAGAAAGAAGAUCUGUACUAACUCAGACGGAUCCUAAACUGAAGAAGAAGAAAUUUGGACCAUUAGGUCAAGAUGAUUUUGGUUUUGCAGAGGAAGAGGAUGAUGGAAGUGGCAGAAAGAAGAGACGAAGUGAUGAAGUGGCUUUGUUUGAGGACAUGGAACCCAAGCGUAGAACAAUCCGUAACACAGAGGAGGCUCUCAAUUGUCCAUUUUGUGACAAAGCAUUUAUUGGUCUGGUCAAGCAUAUAAAAGGUAAACACAGAGAUGAAAUGGAUUAUGAAGAGGAAAUGAGAAAUGCCAAGUGGAGAGAAAAGAUAAUGAAAGUGUCCACACAAGGCCCUGAGGAGGAAGGAGAGCAAUGUCAGGAGUGUGGGAAGACCACAAAGAAUAUGAAACGUCACCAGGAACUUCAUCAGCAAAACAGGAUGCAAAUUCCUUGUCCAAUUUGUGGAAAAGUUGUCCUCAAAACUGGAAUGAGUUCUCACAUGAGAACGGUGCACUCUGGUAGAAAACCCUACAAAUGUCCUCACUGUGAUUAUGCAUCAGCUUUCCGUGGUAAUCUUAACACCCAUAUUAAAGGAAUGCAUCUCCACACCAGGCAAUAUCUUUGCAAUACCUGCAAAGCUGCAUUUAAAACAUUAGGAGCUCUGAUUGGGCACACAAAGCGUGUGCAUGAAGGCUGGAAGUCACCUAAUCAGAAAAUCUUCAUUUGUUCAGUGUGUGAGAAACGAUUCACCAAGAAGUACCAUGUCGACAGGCAUAUGUUGAUUCAUACUGGAGAAAAGCCACAUAAAUGUAACGACUGUGGACGCUGCUUCAAUAAUAAAUCUAAUCUGAUGUCUCACAUCCAAUUGGUCCACAAGAAAUUGUCCCCCUACCAGUGUGACAUGUGUCACGAACAGUUUAAGAGGAAGAAGUUAUUACUGGAACAUAUUGGUAGGAUCCAUGUGACUGCUGGAGAGGCAGCCCAAGCCAUCAUUAGGAAGUAUGAUCUCCAUACUGAUAAUGAUGAGGACAUUGAGGCAGAGGGAGAGGAGUACGAAGAAGGAGAAGUAGCAGAGAUUGAGAAUGUCCAUCUUGAAGGUGAACCUUCUGGGGACACCACAUACGUAGUAACAAGUGCUGAUGGAACAUACAGUAAUGUGACAGAUGCUGCACAGCUCCUGGCUGGACAGGCAUUAACCACACUACAGACAGAGGGUGGUCAGGAGACCAUCAUUAUUGUACAGACGGCAGAACCUGGUGAGAAUGCUACCCAUGCCAUCGUAGACCAGGACGGAACUGUACAGUAUGUGAUGCAACAACCUGGCGAAGAUGGAGGUCACCAAAUUUAUGCACAGAUUCAACAAGAAUAAUGUGUAGAACCUAAUGUUGUAUUCGGACACAAAAAAAAGUAAACAAUUGCAUUGUUUUAAACUGUCGAUUUUUUGUUGAAAGUCAGCAUUUUUUGUAAUUGCUUGAUUCUUUUUAAAAAGCAGAAAGAAAUAUUAAAAGAGAAACCAUUUUCAAUCCAAUGUAGCAUCAUUCAUCUUUUAUUUUAUGAUGGUUGUUAUUAAUUAAUGUUAAGUUUGAAGCAUUUAUCUUAAAUGAAAAGUAAUGGAAAAUUCUGCAAAGUUAAUCAGCUUGGCUUAUGCUAUUGAAAUAACAGUCCAAAUAUUUUUUAACCAAGCAUGUUCAAAGUUUACUUUUUCAAAAGUCUUUAACUAGUAGAAUUGGUAAUUUGAGCUAUAAAAAAUUAUCAUGAUGAUAUAAACCAUUUAAUUUUGAGAUCAAAACGAUGCGAACAAAUUUUCUAACAGGUAUUUCUUUAGUUUUAUGCUACAGACACAUGCUAAUGAGUAAAAUUACUUAACAAUUGUAUUUUUUUUAUAGAUCUGAUUUUGUUAAAUAUUGAAUGACUAAUCAUAAUCCGAGUGAAUUGGUUUAUGUUGUCUAAAUCAUAAAGUCAAAUUGUGUUUGUCAGAUAUCUUUGUUUUACAUUUCAUAAGGUGCACCUUGAUUUUUGAAUGGUACAUGUAUCUGUAUACUUCAAAAGUGAGAAAUAACAGUCAUGAUGCAAUUUAAUAUAUGUACUAUUGCCAUUGGAGAGAAUUGGCUUGAAAACCAAUUACAUUUAUAAAAAGACCUGCAAGACUUAGAACUGCUUUGCAACUAAGUGUGUAAUUAAUGGAGUAUUAAUGGAAGGUGUUAUUUAAUCUCUAGAUAGCAUAGACAUAUAAGACCAUAUAAGGCAUUCCAUUGUAUUAAAAUGUUGCAUUGAUAUCUGUGAUUAUGGUAUACUAAACUGUCGUUGUUAAUGUACGAAAGAUAAGAAAUGCAUUAUCCAUAAUCAUGAUUUUAAACUUCAUGUUGUAAUAGCUUAUAUUUAGAACUAGUAAGCAUGAUGUUUUGGGGUUAGAACAAAAUUAUAAUUAUGAUUGAUUUUAUCUUUUGUAUUUUAAUCCUGAGAACGUUCUAAUAUAAAAGAGUUGAACUUAAAGAGAACACAAGUGAAAUUAAAAGAUUUAAAAAUUCUGAGAUUGCAUUGUUAAUGUCAUACUUGUUUGUAUAAAUACUUUUUUAUGUGUUUUAUAUAGUUGUGGUUAGAAAUAAUGAAGUUGACAAAUUGUAUUUUCAUCUGUACAUUAAAUAAGAUCAUUUCAUGUUCAUUUUAUAAAAGUUGUAAAAGUUCAUUAGAAUUAAGAUUGAUUGUAAAUGGGAGAAAAAUUCCACAUAAAAAUGAAAGUAACAUUUUUCUAUUAAAAAAGAAUAAAAAUUCUCUCUUCAUCUAGAUUUGAAGCAACUUUUUUAGAAUUAAUAUGAAAAAUACUUCUCUGUGACGUAAAUGGAUGUAAAAAGGUAGACAACAUGAACAGCAGAUUGUGAUGAAAGUGUAUUUUUUUUUAUGAAAGCAUCAAAAGUAGCCAUUAUAAAAGAUGGAAGUUUGAUUCCAAGUUCACUUGAAGGAUUUAUAUAAUCACAAGUUUUUAUAUAAUUUUUUAUUCAUAAUUUUCCAUAUUACGAUGAAACUAUAGCACUGUCAUAUUAACAUUAUCAUCUGCAAGAAAUUUUGUUAACAGUUUUUAUUAGUAGUAGUUUGGGUAAUCAAAUUUAUGUCCAGGAAAUUAUUUUAGAUAAUUAUUUUAAAAAAAAAUGAUAUUUAAAAGCAUCUUUGGUAUUGUUGAGAGAAAUUUCUAACAUUAUUCCAUCAAACUAGCAUGUGUAAUUGUUGUUAUCAAAAUCUGUAAAAUGUCAUUUGAAUAUAGUGCUUGUGCCAUUGUGCAUUUUCAUGGACAGAUAUAUGAGAGUAGCUUUCCAGCUUUAUAAAUGUAUGUAAAUAGCUUGUUAUGUACCUUUAUGUAGUAAUGAAAACAGCUUUGUGAAAAGGAAAACAAUUUUAAUCAUGUAUUUUUCUUUUUGAAAUCAUGAAUAUUCCAAUGAAAACAAUUUAUUUAAAUAAAAAGAUUUUAAAAUCAUGUAUUCUACAUUUUUGAAUCAUGGAUACUCCAAUGAAAACAUUAUUUCAUAUUAUUUUCGACUGAAAUUUUAUAGUUCUGCUAUUUGUAUUCUGAUGAUACUGUAACAGUGUGUCUUAAAGAAAAUUGAUUUAAAUUUUGUAACAUUUGGCCAUUUUUAAUAGUGUUGUUUUCUAUUAAAACUAUCAACACUUUCAAAGUCUAUUACAGAUUCUAAGUGUUAAGAUUCUUCUAUAAAAUUAUUUACCCACCCAUAUACUGUAUAAGGAUUUUCAACAGUAGUUCUCUAAUCCUGAGUUAAAAAAAAUCCUUAAAGUCAUUGUACAAAAAACAAUGACAGAAAACUCUAGUCUAGAUAUAAAUAUAUCAACUAAAAAUAUUGUUCUUAUCAUGAAACCAACAAAAUUUUGCAGCCAAUGAAUAAUAAUACUUUCUCAGAUCUAUUGAACUGUAAUAUUUUAAUAUGUAUGUAAAUUGAUUUAGAACAAUGAAUUUGUCAUUUAAUAGCUUUGUUAUCAGUUUGUCAUUUGACUUGCUUUGUAUAAAUGUCAUAUGAUCUGCUUUAUAUUGUCAUUGGCUACUGAAUAAAAUUCAGCAUCAUGGAAAA